AUGAUGGUGUGGGCCAAGGAAGGCGAAGAAAUUGAAGCUGAUGUAAUUAAUGCACUAACAGAUAAGUUUCAAAAGAGUAUAAUAUUUUGGGGCACAAUAUCGUCACAAGGUCUUACUCCAUCACGUGCACCAAUUAAUGUUACUAAAUGGUUAGAACAACAACGUACUUCAUCGAAUGAAAAGACGGCUUCUGCAAUCAAAGUAACAUUUCGAAAAUCUAAACUGCGUCCGAUCUUCCACUACGGCCAAGAUCAGAAACAACAAACAAGAUUAGUACGAAACACAGUAGCUCAAUUUUUUAAAGAACGUUUAAUAUCAUCAGUUGGUUUGCUAAAUUUGCUGAUGUAUGGAGGAUAG